CGCUGGCACGUACUGUGGCUAAGGCCUUGUCGCUGGCUCAUGGUGGCAGUGGCCACCGAAGGCAAGAUGGCGGCGGACGGAGAUGCGAUUCCCGACCAGGAAAAAGUCCGAAUAGUCUCGGACUUUAUAUUACAUUCGCCCCCGGGCGAGUUCAACGAGGUUUUCAACGAUGUCCGAAUCCUGCUUAACAACGACAAUCUCCUUAAGGAGGGCGCCUCCGGGGCGUUCGCUCAGUACAACAAAGAUCAGCUCAUGUCUGUUAAGAUCGACAGUAGUGAUUAUCCAGUUCUUAUAACAGAAUACAAUGACUUGGGAAAUCAGAGGUUUUACGAUCCACGUACUAAGCAGAGCUUUAAGUAUGACCACCUGAGAAAGGAAGCACAAGAUUACGAGCCCUAUGAAACCGACGUAACAGCAGAACCGUGGAGGUUGGCAUUACAGGAAGAGAUAUUUGCUUAUACACAGAGUCAUUAUAGACAUGGCUCUUGUUCUGUUUUCGCCAAGAGUCAAGGAGAAAAUAUUACCCUAACGGCCUGCAUAGAAGAUCAUCAAUUUCAACCAAAAAACUUUUGGAAUGGACGUUGGCGUUCAGUAUGGACAGUAAGUUUUAGUACUAAUUCGGGUACAGCUGAAUUAAAGGGAAGCUUAAAAGUUCAGGUUCAUUAUUAUGAAGAUGGUAAUGUUCAAUUAGUUAGUAGCAAAGAGGUAAAAGAGAGUUUAGCAAUAUCUUCGGAAAAACAGACAGCCAAGGAAUUAAUACGGCUUGUUCAAGAAUCUGAAAACGAUUAUCAGACUGCAAUUUCUGAAAAUUAUCAAACAAUGUCUGAUACGACCUUCAAGGCAUUGCGCAGGCAAUUACCUGUCAUGCGAACAAAAAUUGACUGGAAUAAAAUUGUAUCGUAUAGUAUUGGCAAGGAACUCAAAAGUCAAUAGAACUAGAUUUUUUAUAUAUUAUUAAGAGAAGUAAUUAUAAAAGCGCAAUUUGGUUGCACGUGGUCUGGAGGUGUUAUUGCAUGGGAGCAAAUGUAACAUUACUAUGUGUAAUAAAAUAUUUGGUCAAAGCUCGCUCGUGCACUAUUCGGCACCUCAGAUCCAGUAAUCCUAGCAAUUUUCAAUAAUCAAAUUGCAUAGGAUAACUACUCUGUCAAAUAGUAGCCAAUUUACUUGUAUAUUUUAUAUAAGAAUAAUAAUUUCUUGUGUCAGGCAAGAAUCUUGUUCCAAGUUUCAAAGUGCACAUUUAAAUGCAAGAUACAUCUCAAUCUUGAUAACGAACUGAAUAUUAUAUUUUAUUCAAACACAUUGUGUACAUAUAUAAUAGAAGUUUGAUCCUAGAGAAUAUCAAUCAUUAAUACACUUGUGUCUUUCUAUUAAAUUUUUGAGUGAAAUUCAUUUUUUGCAACAGCCCUGAACAUUUUCUCAAUUUCGCUUUUACACUAUUUAUAACGUUCUUAAUCAAUUUUUAUAUAAGGUUGCUAUUUUUUAUUGUAAUUUUUACACUACUUAAUAAUUCUGUGCCAACUAGAGAAGUGGUGCAUAGUCUCUUUUGGUGCUACUGCUUACCAUAGCAUUGCACAGCCAGACGAAGACGUGGGAAAAGGAAAGAACUAAGUACAUAAGAAAUUGUACAUUGUAGAAGAUAGCCUAUAACCUGCUGGAGCCUUAAUCUGUUCACAUUUUGCGUUGAGAGGGUAUUCUGUACAUAUGUUAAUGGGAUGGAUGAAUGGAUACGCAAUAGCGUUCAAUUUGACACAUAAG